AUGGAGCUGAGAAACAGCUCCUUGGAAACAUCAAUCACCACAAACAACUCCAUGGAAACAUCAAUCAUCACAAACAGCUCGAUCGCAGUGCAUUAUGUCGUCGGCAUCGUCAGCGACGGCGCCAAGGAAGCGAUCGUCAUCGUCAACCACGUGGUCCUCAGCAGCGCCAUCGGCUUGUUCGGUCUCGGCGCCAACGUCAUCAAUAUGUGCGUAUUCGUCAAGCAAGGGCUGAAUAACUCCAUGAACGUCAGCUUCUUCGCCACGGCCGUGUCUGAUCUGUGCAGCCUGGCGACUCUACUCUGGCUUAACGUCUGCCUGAAUCCAUUCAUCGAUAAUUUAGGACUGCCGGUCGUCUUCACAGAGGUGCAGUAUUUAUCAGCCGGCUGGCCCCACGGCUGUGCCGCAAGGAUAACUAGCUGGAUCACAGCUUACAUCACGGCGGAGAGGUGUCUGUCUAUCGUGUUUCCCUUGAAGAUUAAGCAGAUGAUCAACGCCAAGAGAACCACCGUGAUCAUUAUCAUCAUUUUUGUUAUCAACACGCUCUCCCUAGUCCCAGAAUACGCCACGGUUUACUUUGAUUGGAAUUGGUAUCCGACGAAAAAUAAAACUUUGCUAGGUUUGGCUUUUAGGGCAAACAGGCCAGCAGCGGAAGGUUUGGUUUUCACUUUCCACGCUUCUCUGGCCAUUGUAUCGUUCGUGGCGGUCGUGGUGUUCACUUCCGCUCUUGUCAUUCGUCUGCGCAGCACAGCCGAAUGGCGGAAAACGUCAACGUUUGACCCUAAGCAGACGGACAACACAACGGCGCGGGACAGGAAAACCAUGACUAUGGUCAUCCUAGUGGCCACCAAUCUGAUCGUCUGCUACACUCCUACAGUUUCCUUCUCUAUUGCUUCCUCGUUGCUGCCAGAUUUUACCGUGGUUGGGAAACAGCACAACCUCUUCCAUUCGGCAUGGUCCUUCGCGUUCUUGUUUCACUCCAUCAACUGCAGCAUUAACAUUUUCUUCUAUUACAAGAUGAGUUCUAAAUACCGCGCCAAUCUGAAGAACUUAUUCUGCGGGGGGAAGUGA